AUGGUAACGGCUCGCGCCUCUCGCGAGCUCCGCGCCCCUCCUUUCCUCGCGAUCCCCCCGGGUCCGGUACGGGGGGGGGGGGGCGGGAAGCGGAGUGCGGGGGGGGGGGGGGGAAGGAGGAGUAAAGGGGGGGGGGGGGCCCACCGGGAGCUCUCGCGAGAUCGGCGCGAUCGGGCCUCCGCUUCCGGCGGCGGGAGCGGUGCAGAGUCAGCUGCGGGCGGGGGGAGCCACCGGUACCGGCACCGGCACCAGGAUCCGGCCUCGCCUGCGGACGGAGCCAGCGCCGUCGUCACCAUGGGCAACAUCUUCGGGAACCUGCUGAAGAGCCUCAUUGGGAAGAAGGAGAUGCGGAUCCUGAUGGUGGGGCUGGACGCUGCCGGGAAGACCACCAUCCUCUACAAGCUGAAGCUGGGGGAGAUCGUCACCACCAUUCCCACCAUAGGGUUCAACGUGGAGACAGUGGAGUACAAGAAUAUCAGCUUCACCGUGUGGGAUGUGGGUGGGCAGGACAAGAUCCGGCCCCUCUGGAGGCAUUACUUCCAAAACACCCAGGGGCUCAUCUUCGGUGACAGCAACGACCGGGAGCGGGUGAAUGAGGCACGGGAGGAGCUCAUGCGGAUGCUGGCAGAGGAUGAGCUGCGGGACGCUGUCCUCCUUGUCUUUGCCAACAAGCAGGACCUGCCCAAUGCCAUGAACGCAGCGGAGAUCACGGACAAGCUGGGGCUGCACUCCCUGCGCCACCGUAACUGGUACAUCCAAGCCACCUGCGCCACCAGCGGGGAUGGGCUCUACGAGGGCCUCGACUGGCUCGCCAACCAGCUCAAGAACAAGAAGUGAGCGGGCGGGCGGCUGCAGGCCGCCCCCCCCGGGGCCCCCCCCCCGGACUCCCCCAUCCCUGCCCCAGUUGGGUUUUGCUUUCUCUUCUGGCACCAGUUGCUGUGGGGGUCUUUUUCCGCCUUGUUUUGGGGUCUCCCCUCGGAUCUCGUGUGUGCGUGUGUGGAAAUACAGCUCUAUGGAUCGUACCUGGGGGGGGACACGGGGGCUGGGUGCCCGGGGGGAUCACGCUGGGGUACCCCAUCCCCGUGCAUGUCCCUCCCCUUCCUCUGGACCAAAUGUGGGGGCUGCGGGGCCGCAGGGGGGAUUUGGGACUAUACACCCCCUCUCCCCCCAACCCCACAUUCCCCACCCCGGGGGUCCCACACGUCCCCAGCACCCCCCAUGUCACUUUGAGGCAGGUCUCCUCCCCUGCACCCCAUCCCUGUGCCAGCAUCGUGAUUGUAUGUCCCAGCCUCUCACGGACAGACGGAUGGACGGCCCCAUUCUGUACCCCCCCAGCACCAUAUUUAUACCCCCGGUCUGUGCUUGGUGUGACGUGUUGCUGCGGCUCUGCCCCGUCCAGGGACGUGUGUACCCCCCUCCAAGCCCCCUCUCCCUGCGCCUGAGACGGUGGGUGACCCCCAGCCCCCCCUUGGAUAUUAAACAUGUUUUAUGUA